AUGAUACAGGCGCCGCACUCUCCACCGCCGCCGCCGCCGAUACAAGCACCGCAUUCUCCACCGCCGCCAUCGAUACAGCCGCCGCAUCCACCACCACCGCAUUCUCCCUCUCCGCCACCGCCUGCGUCCACGGCAGCGGCGGCGGACGAGAAGGCAGGUGAAACUGAAACCGGAAGGUGCGACGUGUACAACGGGGAGUGGGUGCCGGACGAGGAGGCGCGGCCGCUUUACCCGCCGGGAACGUGCCCCUACGUGGACGAGGCGUACGCGUGCGCGGCAAACGGCCGGCUGGACUCCAGGUACACGCGGUGGCGCUGGGCGCCGCGCCACUGCAGCCUCCCCAGGUUCAACGCGACGGACUUCCUGGAGAGGCUGCGCGGCAAGCGGCUGCUGCUGGUGGGCGACUCGAUGAACCGGAACCAGUUCGAGUCCAUGCUCUGCGUCCUGCGCGAGGCCCUGCCGGACAAGGCCAGGAUGUUCGAGACGCACGGGUACAGGAUCAGCAAGGGCCGAGGCUACUUCGUCUUCAAGUUCGCGGACUACGGCUGCACCGUGGAGUUCGUGCGGUCGCAUUUCCUGGUCCGCGAAGGGGUGCGCUUCAACAGGCAGGGCAACUCCAACCCGAUCCUCCAGAUCGACCGCAUCGACAAGACGGCGAACCGGUGGAGGAAGGCCGACGUGCUCGUCUUCAACACCGGCCACUGGUGGACGCACGGCAAGACGGCGAGAGGCCAGAACUACUACAAGGAAGGCGAUACGUUGUACCCUCGAUUCGACUCGACUGAAGCUUACAUAAGAGCCCUCAAGACAUGGGCUCGCUGGAUCGACAAGAACAUGGACCCGGCCAGAAGCGUCGUCUUCUACCGAGGAUACUCCACUGCGCAUUUCAGGGGAGGCGACUGGGACUCCGGCGGCUCGUGCAACGGCGAGACGGAGCCGACGUUCAGAGGCGCCAUCAUCGACAGCUACCCUCUGAAGAUGAGGAUCGUGCAGGAGGCCAUCGCCCAGAUGCGGUUCCCGGUGCGGCUGCUGAACGUCACGAAGCUGACCAACUUCCGCAGGGACGGCCACCCGUCGGUGUACGGCAAGGCCGGAGACAAGAAGGUGUCCAAAAGGAAGCAGGACUGCAGCCAUUGGUGCCUCCCCGGCGUGCCGGACGCCUGGAACGAGCUCAUCUAUGCCUCUCUUGUCUUGGAACCCAACCCUGUCGCAUGGGAAAACAGAUGA